GGAAGCGGUCUAGUUUUUAUUAACUUUCAGGUACAUGGUUUACAUGAAAAAGGAUUUCGCGCAUAACAAUACGUCAUCAUAUGGACACUUAGACGGCUUAAUUAUGUAACAAGCACCACCAACAUUUGACGAACAUCGGAGUCAUUAUGUUUACGACUACCGUAAACCGGUGACUGCUGUUAGAAACCCGCCAUUUAUGAAUUGUAGCAAAAAAGCUACUCAGACGUCCGUUCAUCACACUAUCUCUUAUAACUGCCACCAUUAAUCUGAUGAUUUUACAAUGCUGAGUAUGCAUAAAACCAAUGGAGCUGCACAAAAAUGCAAAGCACUUAGCGGACGGAAGAGGAAGUUGGUUUCAAGCAAAGGUGAAUCAAAUAAUCAUGAGAAUGUAAUAGCAAAACAAGCUAAAACUAUACAAGGCAAUGGAACAAGUGAAGCAGGUUUUCAAAGCAGAGAAACAAAGGUGGAGAACAAGACUGAUCCGUCGCAGCCUAUCCACAGUGAAUGCAUAGCAGAAGCACAGCAAUUUGAUGCAAAUAACAUCAUCCUAGACUACAUGUACAACCCUGUGCCAAUAUUAGCAAGAUCUCAGGAUGACAUAAUGAUAGGUGUGUCAAACAGCAAAACAGUUACAUCUGACAAUGAUGAUUUUGUUCCUCUGUCGCAGCCUGCUAGGAUCAAACCCAACUUCAGCAAAAGGAAAACAUUCAAGAAAUAUUUGACAAGUUUUCAGUCUCACAAAAAGGACAAAACACCUGGGUCUACAGUCGUUAAUGCAGAUUUGAUGACAGAAGCAUCAGAAACCAUCAGUCUUCACAAAGCCAAUAUUAGUACAAGAACAUCAGACACAACAGGAACUAAAUGUAAUGUAAAAACUCUUGUGGUACUUGAAAGUAAUGACACAAAGAAAACUACAGUUACCUAUACAAGUAAUUCCCCAGGACCUGGCCCAGGAAAAAGUUCACAUGGAGAAGAAGACAAAAUACAAAGAAAAACAAUAUCAGUUACAGAAAAAAAAGGUGUUGUAGAAGAACCCUUUGAAAAUUUUCAACAUUCACCACUUGGGACUAUAAAUGGUACAGAAUAUGAGGACAUUACAGUUAAAACACCUGGUGAAGUCUUUCCACACACACAAAAAACUGUAAACUUGACAAGUACACAUGUGUCCUUUCAGGAUGAGCAACAAAUAAUUGGUAAUAUUUUCCCACUUCAAUCAAGAGAUAAUAGAGCUGUUAUGAAAGAGGUGAGUGAGAUAGGCACUGCCACAGCAGAUGAACCUGAGAGGUCCACUUCAUCAUGUGAAUCUCAAUAUAGUAAUACAGACUGUGAGUCUGUAGAAAUUACCAUAGCCUUUGAGCCCAAAGAGGGUAGUACAGCACAGAUGCAAGGAGACAUGGACAUUUCAGCCUGUGAGUAUAGAGACACUUCCAUGGCCUGUGAGGCUGGAGAUGACACAAAGUCCUGUAAAGUUGGAAAUAGUAUCACCAGAGAUGCCACAACAACAUGUGUUGAGCCUGAUAACAGUUCCAAAACCUGUAGUUCAAGGGAUAAUGUCACAGACCAUGAACUUUGUGAGAGAAACAUGGACUGCAAGUCAGCAGACAGUACCAAGAGUUGCUCCCUUGUAGUUGAUACCAGUGCCAUUCCUGGAGAUAGUACCAUGGUUUCUACACCUGUAAUUUGUGCCAUGGCCAGCAACCCCAGAGACUGUACCAUCCCAGAUAUGGCUGGAGACAAUACCGAAGUUUUUAAACUGAGGGACAACACAACUGCCAUUGAACCUAAAGUGGCAGAAGUACUCAGCCAGUGUAUUGAGGAGUUAAGGCCAUUAGAGGUGCCACAGAUUGUAGGUGUUAAGACAGUAUCUCAGUCAGAUGAGUGCCCAGACAUAAGUGACUCUCAACUUUUUCAGCUAGGGGAAGACCUUAUGAAAGAGGACCAAGCUGGAAUGGGAAACGGACUGGCGUGCCAUUACCCUGUGCCAGGCGAAAAUGCCAGCUCUGUAGACCACAGUAAGACUUGUCUCCAAUCCCCAGCACAUGCCUUGACAGCCCCCCAGAAACUGGUACAACUCAGAUCUACCAGGGAUGUGGGGGCUGCUGUACCUCCUCAAGAGAAACACCCAGAUACAAAGGAAACUCGGAUGCUGAAAGGACUGAUAUCAGAGCUCACAUCUUUGAACACCAUGCUAAUGCAAUUUAAAAGAGAAAUGGACCAACUAAGGCACAAAAGACCGAAUUAUCUUGGCACUCACAAGAAAUGUGGGAGAUGACGUAUUAAUUUGCUUCAUUUUUCUUGUAAUGUAGGGCUAAUAAUUGUCAUCAUAUUUUAUAUGCGUAUAUUUUAAAGAACAAAAUUUAAAUGUUAUUGUUACAGAAUUUUUCAGCUUAAUAUAAUAUUCAUAUUUUAGAUUAGUUUGGUAAAUAUGAAUAUUGGCAGGAUUCAAGAAAAGAAGUCAGAAUUUGUUUACAGAGACUGUAUGUAUGUAACGUGUCUUCUGUAAACUUUAUACAAUUUUUCACAUUCAACAGGGUUCAGUGUUCAUUAUUGUUAUGUAAGCAGCUUUUGUAAAAUAUUUUACAUGAUCUUGAGCAGAACAAAAGCUUAUUUAUAAUUUGUUUAUGCUUCUUGAAGGUACUUCUUAAUUUUUUCCUAAUUCAUAAAUUGUCUCAAGUGGUGGGAAUACUGGAUAUACAAAUGUUACAGUUGUUUUUCAGACUUUGUUUAC